AUGUCUCACGUUCUUUCUUUACCGGAGACUUGGUUUACCCCGGAAGGUACUCUUCCAACACAAGUUUCUCCUAGCGAGAUUGUGUUGGAUUAUGAAACCCCACCGUCUCAUCAAAGUCUUGCAACUCCACCUCAAAGAGUCUCAACUCGACCACCUACAAUAAUUCUCUCGAGCUCCGGACGGACAAAACCAUGGGUGUGGUUGGUAGGAGGCUUCUGCUGCAUCGCUGCCAUUCUUCUCAUCAUCUUCCUGAUGGGAACUCUCAUCCUGUAUCUCAAGGAUAAACUUAGGGUGAGGGAGAUUUUGAACAAGAUAUACUUCGACUCCUUUGAAAACAUCUAUGGGGAUGUGUCCUUGGUGUUGAAUUUCACCAAUCCGACCUGGAAGCACCCUGUGAGGUUGGAGAUCAUCUUGCUCGAACUUAGGUUCAACCAAACGGCGAUCGCUCAACAAGAUCUCUUGGCGUUUUCGGUUAACAAAAAAACAUAA